AUUAUACAAAGAAAUGAGCCUCCCGCUGCCUUUCCCAACAUUUUCCCAUCCUUUAAUUAAUUAAUUUGUUUUAUUUGUCUGUCUGUAUUUAUUUAUUGUUAUUGCCAAAACUAACCCCAAAAAGCAUAUCUCUUCUUCCUUCUCUUCUCAUUAUGCUUUUUUAGCCUCUCCUCUUAUCGUUCUUCUCGUCUUUCUUCCAAUAAUAACAAAACCCUUACAAGAUCGAAACCAAAAAAGGCAAACAAUUAUGAAGAAGAAUACCCUUUGUUCUGAAAAUAACGAUGUCUCAUGGAAGAAGAAAAGAAGAAUAAUCAAAGAACUUGUUCAAGGUCAAGAAGCUGCGACUCAGCUGAAGCUUCUUCUUCAGAACCCCAUUGGAGACACUUCUCUCUCAGCUGAAGAGCUUCUUGGCAAUGUCCUUACUUCCUUCGCUGAAACCCUUUCUCUUCUUGCUUCUAAUCAUUCCCAGGAACAACCUUGUCGCCAUGAUCCGUCGCCGUCGUCGGCAGAUCCCAGCGAUGAUUAUUCCGGAGAAUCUCAUAAUAUGAAGAGAUCUAAUUUGACUCCGGCCAAAAAAGUUGGUAGAGGCUGCUACAAAAGAAGGAGGACUGAACACACAUGGACCACAAUCUCUCCCACUGCAGAUGAUAAUAAUGCAUGGAGGAAAUAUGGAGAGAAAGAAAUUCAGAAUUCUAAAUUUCCUAGGAGCUACUUUAGAUGCAGUAGAAAGUAUGAUCAAAAUUGCCGGGCAAUCAAACAUGUGCAGAGGACACAAGAGAAUCCUUGUAUGUACCAAAUCACAUACAUUGGCAUGCACUCGUGCAAAGCCACCCCCAAUGAUGCUCCAACUAUAAACCAAGACACUACUCCUCCUCCUCCUCCUCCUCCUCCUCCUCCAUACAAGCCUUCCAUUAUUAUGCCACCAAAUAUGGUAUCAAAUGAUAAUGCAAACAAUAUAUAUCCAUGUCCAAGCUCUCUAUGUUCGGAUAUGGAUUUUGGGGUGGAUUUAGUUCAUUUUAGGGAAUCAUGACUUUUUGUCUUGAUUUUAUAAUUUUAGUUGUUUGAGAUGGUUGAAAAUCAAUAGCAAUGUUGGUGAACUAGUGAUCAAUAGCGGUAUAGUGAUUAUGGUAUGUAUAAGAAUAAAAUUAAUAUUUUAAUAGAAAAAUAAUUUUUCUGUUGUUUAUUUUGUGCAUUCUCCA